GUCUUUAUCAUGAGAUUGUUCUAUUUUUUUUUCUACUAUAAUUUCAUCCAAAUAAUGCAAUAGUCAAUUCAACAGUAGUUCCUGAUCUUGGAAUCUUAAAGAGGUUGAGUUAGGGAUUCGUAUGCAGAAAAAUAUUUUCCAUUCCUUAAUUUCCUACCACAGGAUCCAUCAGCAUAUAAAAUGAAUCUUGAGUGACUGGUUAUGAGCUGCAUGAAGAUGGACAAUAUGAAUAAAAAACAUAAAAACUUAAAACAAAAGGAGGCAGCAUCCAAUUUAUUUAUGAGAAAGAGAGCUCCUAAUAUGAACAUAUUGUGAACAUUAAAAGAGGCUGAGUUAAAUGACACAACUGAUCCUUUCACUAGUUACAAUACAAAAGUUUCAUCAAAUGUAGGGGAUGAAAUUUUCUCCAAAUAUAUAGGAUGGAGAGUUGCCAACACGCUUUCCAAACUGUUCUUCCCCUCCCCUGAUGCCUGUGUUCUUCCUUUAAAAAAACCCUUGAUAAAACGGGAUCAAGUGAAACGUCUGAAUAAAAAGGAUCCCAUGAAGAAGAGAGUUCUACAUUCUACUGUAAGACAUGUCCUUAUAAAAGACAGAGAAGGAGAAGACAUACAGAGAUGCAGAGGAGAAGACCUUAUGAAGACAGAUUCAAAGAUGGGAGUAAUAUGUCUACAAGCCAAGGAAUGCCAAGAAUUUCCAACAGCUACCAGAAGGGGACAUUCUUCUGUAUCAGAUCUCCCGUUGUUUCCUUAUCCAGACUUCUUCACCAGGACAGAUGAAGAGUUGGCGAGAAUCAUUGACCUUCACUGGCAGGAAGAGCUAAAGACCCGACAGAAACAAGACGCAAUAUGUGAGGAGGAAGAACGUAGACGUAAAGAGUUAGAAGAAGAAAAUCACUUCAGAGAAAUUAUGAAGAGAAGAGUAGAGAAACUACACAAGCAAACCAAACCCUACGAGCUUCCUCCUAGGAAUGAAGAAAUUUCAUUAGAAAAGAUAAUGACCCCCCAAAAUUGAGGCCCAUAUGUCAGAAAUUCAUUGUAUGAAAGACACUGAGAUAACUACAAGUUAGGAAAAAUUUCUUCUAAUUUACUGGAGGCUGUCUUUUAGAAAAGAGUUGUUAUCCUUGUGCAGGCUCUUUAAUAGUCAUAUCUUAGUCCUAAAUUAACAGUUAGCUCUUAAUCACAUUUGAGUGAAGUAAUUUUCUAGACAUUUUCGAGAAUACGGCUAGAGCUUUUCCUAAUUGACCUGCAUCUUGAUCAGAGAGCAUACUUAGUCAGUGAUUCUCGGAGUAUUGAUAUUUAGUGGACAGUUAGAUGGAAAUGAAUUGCAAAUUAUUAAUGAGUCACAUAUAAGAAUUAUUUUAUUUCUUGAAAAUGGAAUGAGCAUCAACUGAUACUCCUAUAAUAACUAUUAUACAAAUAAAAAAAAGUAAGGCACCUGCUUGGA